UUGAAAAUAGGGUUUGAUGUUGAGCCAAACUGUGGCACUUGAGCCCUCGCCUUUUUCUUUUUGGGGCUGCUUCGGCCGCUUUUGGAACCGAGACUUCCUCUCAGCCGCAGCCCGCUCAAACUGCCUUCCCUGCUCCUUCACUGCGAUGCCGGAGUCCUUCGAGCAGCUUCUGGAUGCGUCCGAUUUGGGGAUGUCGCUGGACGCUGAGGGCUACCAAGAGUUCUUGGAGGACAUUGGCCUCGAUCCGCCGUGGAGUUUGUCGCAGCUCCAGAGCUACUUCGAUCGACGCUACCCAGGCUGGGAUGAUCCGCCCAAGCUGUCCAUGGCCUCACCCGUGAGGCGAUUGCAGUACCUCGAUGAGGCCUUGCGGGGCAAUGACGUUGAGGGCAUUGAGGAGGGCCUUCGCGAGCUGGAUCAGGAGGUCAAGAACGCCUUGCUGCGCUCCUUGCUCCGGAACGAGGGCGAUGACGUGAGUUUCCUCCUGCUGCUGGUGGCGGAGUUGGGCGCCCACCUCUAUGACGAGCGCCAGGGGCGCAAGAGCGAGAGGGCGGAGCUUCGGCGCGAGCGCUCGAGCUCGGAGGAGGCCUUGCUGAACGGCUUCGAGCAGCAGAAGGCGCUGCAUGCGCAGCAGCUGGAGGAAUUGAGCAGCGAGUUGGACCUCGCACGCAGGGAGUCCGCUCAGUUGCAGCAGCAGCUGCAGAUCCUUCAGGCGUCCGAGGUCGAUCGGAACGAGAUCUCCUUGGAGAUGAAAGACCUUCAAGAGGAGAACCGCAGGCUCACCUUAGCGGCACAAGACUUACAGGAGCAGCUGCAGGAGUUGAGAGCACAGAAGGCGAUCUUGGUGGCAGUUCGAGAGGAGAACGAGGGCGCUUUAGAGGAGAUGUCCCGGAGAUUGUCAAAUGCCUCAGGCGCGUGGAGGGAUGAGGCGACCCCGACCACCUCGCCGAAAGAGGCACCCACGCGAAGAGCUGUCCGGGCCAAGGCCACUCGUGUGGGAGAUCUGGCACACCAGGAGGCGCAAACUGCCAGUCUCCACAGCUGCUUCCUGGCGUGGCGCCUGGCACACCUGGAGGAGAAGCUGCUACGUGAGAGCUCGGAGUCCCUACAGGCGGAUCUGAGCUUGGCCACGGGAGCCAAGGACACCACUCAGUGUCAAGUGGAGGGCUGUUGCUGCCGCCGGCAGGCGGGUCAGCCCGGUCUCCCAGAUCCCCAGUUCGGUCACGGCCUUCGGUCACGGCGUUCGCGAAGGGCACCUUGCUGUCGGAAGAUUCGAUUGGCCAAUGUCCAGGAGGACUUGAAGAUCGCGAAGGCAGCCUUGAGCACUCGCCUCCCAGCCGUCCGCGCCCGAUCCCGGCGUGUCCAUGCGGCCAUCGGCGCCUCCUUGGCCUUGGUUGCUGGCUCCGCAGCGCUUCAUUGGGAGCCAUACAUGAGCGGAGGCUUCUGAUGGGUGUGGGCUGAGCCCUGGCGACAGGCUACUGGCGACGAGUCGCUUUCUGACCCACUGGCGACGCGACUUGUCGCUGGAAUCAUUGGAACUGGUGAGCACCCAUGAUAAUUACUUGCAAUAUGCGAUAAGAAACUUGAGAAUUCCCCCACUGAUGGCUUGGAACAUGUUGCAUUGGUCUCCC